CGGUGUUCUAUUAGCUAGCCUAGACUAAGCGUUUUGAUUAAUUAGGUCUGAGUUCGUCUCAGGCAAGAAUUCUGCACACGGUAGCAUUUCUAAAGCUCCACGAUCAAAUUAAGACCAAAUAUUUUCAUCCUACUUCUACGUUAUAGGUGUGGUUAAUGUGCAAAUCCGAUCGAUGCAUAUGAUCUUUAGGAGCGGCUCUGCAAUGCAAGUGUCACCUUCACGCGUCAAAAACGUCCUCCCUGAUAGGCCCGUGUGUCCGUGUUCACGCAGCUGAUUGGCUUAGAACCUUAGCAAGAAAUCGCCAUGUUUUUUGCCAGUCGGUGGCGAACGAAGCUACAUUGCAGACAUUUAACCCUCACAAAUUCAAUACUUUAGUGAUAGCAUUUGCAAUAUAUCAAUGUUGUUAAUCACGAUUACAAUGUUCGACCUUCUUGGUGUGUUUUACAUCUUUUUCAGAGCAGCGUGAAGCGCUUCGGGCCAUUCGAGAUCCUGGGCCAUCAUGGAUAAGGUGGAGUUAUACAAGGUAGUGAAGGUGACAGAGGAGGUGGAGAGCACGUACAUACAAACACCUUCCCCCAUGAAAAGAAAGCGUAAAUGUAAGGAAGGCAGCGAGUUGAAAUCAAAGAAGCCCAGGUCCGCCUACCUGCUGUACUACUUCGAUGUUUAUCAGAUUAUCCAACAGGAGACACCAAAUCAGCCACAGUCUGAGAUCAACAAGCGAAUCAGUGAGAGCUGGAAAAGGCUCAGUGUGGCAGAGAAAGGCUACUAUCUGGAAAAGGCCAAGUCGGAGAAGGAGGGUACUAAUACAUUAUCCCACAGCCCCUCCAAAGACCUUCCUGGCUUCCGUAAAAUCCGCCCAAGAGCUAGUUACCUCAUCCUGACUGAAAAUCAGCAGGCAGGAGGCUCUCAGGCAGAACCUGUAGAUCCUCCAGCUGAGGAAGGUGUGUCAUGUAUGACUCAAGAUCCAAAACAGGCGCACAUGCUUAGCGUGGCCUGCAAGGUGGAGGUUUCUCAGAAGUCCACUGUUCUGGAUAACCUUGGGAAGCACACACAAGAUGUGUCAUCAACAAUCCCCGGAAGCACGUCCUCCUCUUCAUCGUUCAUCACAUCCGUGUCGCCGGCUUCCACAGAUGUUUCUUUCUCACAGGGAUCUGAGGAUGGUACGGCAAACAGUGUUGGAGUGACAAGAAGUGAGAUAAGAGACACUGCUGAUGUUAACAGUAUGAUGACCAUGCAGCACAUACAAGGGGAGAUGACGCAGAUGGUUGCCAUUAUCCCCAAUCAGCCUGGGCUCAGCUCUGUGGGCCCUGUAAUGAUGGUUUCUGUGGGAGCCAAAGAAGAGCAUGAUGCUUCGCAUUCAUACAAGAUGUCUGUGAAGACAUACACCAGAAGAGGUCGUGGGAGGUGUCUAAAUCCUAGCUGUUCAUUCGUGUACGUCACCCGCCACAAGCCAACCAAAUGUCCUGAAUGUGGGAGCCACCUUGGCGGCAAAUGGAUACCUGCAGCAAAGAAAAGCAAACAAAAAUGUCUCCAAGAAACCAAGGCUGUGUCAGAUGUGGCCCAAACGAAGUGUGGUUCAAGCUGCCAGGCCACAACACAGGAGAGGAAUGUCGAUGUGGGUAAAAGCAAACGCACUGGGAGCAGAAGAGGGCGGCCCAAAAAGCAAUUCCGCAGUGCAGUUUCAGCUGAUGAGACAGCAGAGGGCAUCAGCAAGUCACAGGAGAAAACACGGAACGUGAAAGAAAUAACAGUCCGAAGUCAAGGCAAUGUGCAGAAGAGGCCUGUGAGACCCAUCUUACCUGCCUAUUAUUGCACAGGUCCUGCUUUGUUCCACGUCAUCACUGUUCCACCUUUGAGUGGGAAGUUUCAGAUGCCAAAUAACAAAUCACCUACCGAACCACGAGAGAGUUUCUCAGGUCUCAAACCUGGCACCUUAAAACAACUCGGUCAGGAGGCCCCAGCCAAGCAGGGCUCACCUGUUUCUUCAAGCCAAACUGUUGCUUCAGUACCUGAUAAGAAAACGACCAUUGUGUCAGUCGUGCCUUUCAAUCAGGUGAUAGUUGGCGAUUUUGACCUGGGAUUGUCUACAGCAAGAGGCAGGGGUCGCUGUACGAACCCGCUGUGUAACUACAUGUAUAAAAACAGACACAAGCCGUUGGUGUGCCCUAAAUGUGGCUAUGAGCUGGCCCAGAGGAACCCCAAAGGAACUAAGUCAGUGAGACUGGUUGAUCCACACCAGCCGCUGAGUCCUGCCCAGAAAGACCUACAGCGCCAAUCCACCUUGCAGCUGCUUCGCCAUUGCCUGCAGAUUCCAGAGAGCGAGGCUGAGCUCCAGGAAACGCUAACCCUCAUCCAGGAGCUCAACAGUCUUCAGAUUGUCUUGGUUCAAUCGGGACAGCAGGAGCAGGAACAGGAUGGGGAUGUUGAGACGGAGACCCUGGUGGAGACAGGCUGGCCUCAGUUUUAUGAAUCAUCAGCCACACAGUGUGGCCUGUGCAAUGGAACUCUUUACAAAGGAGCUCAGAGCACAAUAGCAGGACAGGAGGACUGCUGGCUACUUACUGAGGCGCUGAUCCAGACCGCAUCUGUGCAGCUCAAAGUGUGUCUCAAUGCACAGUGUCUGGCUCUGCACAGCUUCACCGACCUGCAUCCAGGUUUGUUCAACAUUGGGAACAGACUGCUGGUUAGUAUUGAUCUGUUGCUGAAGAUCCGAGCCAAAAUCAGAAUGGGACACCCACCCUCUCAGGUUGCCACGACCAUAUUGGACCAUGCCCCCAAUCAUCCUGUCCACACGUUAAGCCCAGAGGAGACGUCCCAAAUUGAAGAGCUUCUCCUGGUGGGCUACUGGGCCUUCGAGAGCCUGACAGUGCGAGAUUACAACGACAUGAUCUGCGGCGUUUGUGGCGUCGCUCCCAAGUUGGAGAUUGCCAGGCGACACCCAAACAACGUGUUGGAGCUGAAGAAUGUGGAGUUCACCUGGCCGCAGGUUUCAGUGUCAGACGAGGUGCAUGUGGAUGACUUCUGGCUGACCAUGGAGAGUGAGGCCAUCGAGCAGGCGGCUUUCCCCGCUGACAUCCCCAUCACGCGGAUGGAUGCUUCCAUUAUCGCCCCCUUCAUCCCUCCGCUGAUGAGGAGCCCUGCUGUCAUCAACACAGAGAAGGACAAGAUCAUGACACAAACACAGCAGCCUUCAGGAGAUCCGUCAGUUUUGGUGCGCCUCUUUCACAAUGGUGAGCUGAAACCUGACAAGAUGGACGAUCACAGUGAGGACGAGCUGAGAGCUAUUCUGGAGCGCUGCGGGGCAAGCGUCUCCCCGGACUCCAGUAAGAAUGAGCUGCUCUCUUCACUGAUCUCCAUGUGCACGCUUGCUCACAGUGGCCUCCCCACAGCCCCUCAGCCCCCACAACACCUCACUGCUGGCAAACUGUCCAAAGUCUGCCCCCAUAAGGUCGUGUGCGGUUCCAAGUACUUGGUGAGAGGAGAGACGGCCCGGGACCACGUGGACCUGCUACUGUCCUCUCGUUACUGGCCUCCAGUCUAUGUCAGUGACUGCGCUCGGCAGGUGGCGCUCUGUACGGACAUGCGGUACCCAGAAACAGCCGCCCAGAUGUGGGGAAAGAACCAGGGCUGCUUCUCUGACCCCUUCAACAAGCCAGAGCUGGUGUCAUGUGGUGAGCUGCAGGAGAAGCCGUACACCGCAGACCUCUCAGUGUUGGAGGACAUCCAGCAGCUUCACCCUCUCACUAAAUCUUCCUCCUGCUGGUUGGUGCAUCCUCCUAAAUCAUCUCAGAGGCAGGAGAGCGCCCUUCUGGAGCACCAUUCCAUGGCUUUGUGCAGAGACCUGGAGCCCCUCAUCAGCGCCGUCACUGCAAUUGACAAGGAAGAGGAUGAGGAGGCAACGCGGAGCGAUAAGAGUUCAGCUGAAAAAGCGCAGGAGUGUUCUUCAGUCAACCGUUUAAGGACACAACCCGUGGUUUUCAACAACCCGGCACAUUACUACCUUUACAACCGUCUGCAGGAUUUUCUUGUCAGCAGGGACAUCGUGAGUCAACAGAUCAGCCAAGUGGUGAAGCUGUGCCAGCCCGGGGAGGUGGUCAUCCGUGACACGUUGUACCGGCUGGGCGUGGCAAACAUCAAGACGGAGCGGGAGGUAGGUGGAGUGUCGGAGGAAGAGAUUGAAAACUCUGAUUGAAAACCGAGUGGACGGCGACGCCUGGCUCCACCUGAACCAUCGCCGAGCUUCAACGUGAAGCAGAAACGACCAAUCUUGAAUGUUUAAUUCACUCCAGAUUAUUCAAACGCUCAUCGAAGUGUAGUGUAAAUGUUAACGCCUUUUAAAUUAAACAUUUUAAAUCAUUAUUUAUCAAAAAGGAAGUGACAGUUUGUUUUUAAUGUUCAUAAUAAUAAUAAUAAUCAUAAGUGAAAGAAUAAGUUGUUUGGAUUUGUAAAAAUGAUAACUUGUGUUGUAAAUGUUGACGUGUGGUCUUUUGACUGUUCUUGUGAGAUUGUAUUCGUCACGCUGGGCUUGUCUUCAACUCAGGCCAAGCUCACGCUGUAGUCACGGUGUGAGAGGCGCCCAAAUGUACUGUGAUAACAAUAAAACGUGCAGCGAAACUAUUCGUACACUCAUCAAA